UGUGCCCGGCGGUGCAGGUGCGCUGGACUGCCGCACCGCGGUCGGCGAGAAGGGGCGGGUCGCAGUACUCGGCAAGACACAGGGCCAUGACCACGCCGGCGGGCUCCGGCGUCGGCUUCGGCUCUGUGUGCUGGUGGGGGCUGUCCCCGGCGCUGGAUCUGCAGGCUGAAAGUCCUCCUGUGGACCCAGACUCUCAGGCAGAUACAGCGCACAAGACCCCUGAGCUCGAUGUGCUGUUGCUGGGCUCGGUUGAUGGGCGGCACCUUCUGAGGACGCUGGCCCGGGCAGCGCUCUGGCCUCGAAGGAGAUUUAAUUUCUACGUGGUGGAGAAUAAUCUGGAAGCUGUGGCACGACACAUGCUGAUCUUCAGCCUAGCCCUGGAGGAGCCUGAGAAGAUGGGGCUUCAAGAGCGGAGCGAGACCUUCCUGGAGGUGUGGGGGAACGCACUGCUGCGCCCCCCUGUGGCCGCCGUGGUGCGUGCCCAGGCGGAGCGCCUGGCGAACCUGGUCCCGGAGCCCGACCGCCUGGCGGAGCAGCUGCCCUGGCUCAGCCUUUCCGCGCUCAAGUUCCGCGAGCGGGAUGCCCUGGAGGCUGUGUUCCGCUUCUGGUCCGGAGGGGAGAAGGGGCCCGAGGCCUUCCCCAUGAGCCGCCUCUGGGACUCGCGGCUGCGCCACUACCUGGGCUCCCGCUAUGACGCCCGGCGCGGGGUCAGCGACUGGGACCUGCGCAUGAAGCUGCACGACCGCGGGGCACAAGUUAUCCACUCCCAGGAAUUCCGACGCUGGCGGGACACAGGUGUCGCCUUUGAACUCAGAGACCCCAGGGCCUACCACGUGCCCAACAGAACUCUGGCAUCUGGUCGCCUCCUGAGUCACCGUGGAGAGCGUGUGGCAGCGCGUGGGUACUGGGGGGACAUCGCCACCGGGCCCUUCGUGGCCUUUGGCAUUGAGGCAGACGACCAGAGCCUGCUGCGGACUAGCAAUGGACAGCCAGUCAAGACUGCCGGGGAGAUCACGCAGCACAACGUGACAGAGCUGUUCCGAGAAGUGGCCGCCUGGGGGCGACAGAAAGCUGCCCAGGAUGACACGGACCAGGAGCAGCCUGGUGGCUGCCCCAAGCCGCAACCGUGGACUUCAGCAGCCUCUGCGCGGGAAUCCUUCACGGUCCACUUCCUGCCCCUGGGUUCUGCACAGACUCUCCACCACAAGCGCUGCCACCAGGGCCGGUUCCAGCUUCUCUACGUGGCCUGCGGGAUGGUCCAUCUCCUUGGGCCUGAGCUCGGGGCCUGCGUGGCCCCCGGAGGGAACCUGGUUGUGGAAUUAGCUCGGUACCUAGUGGACCUGCGGCCCGAGCAGCUUCAGGCGUUCUCCACCCGGGUCGAGGAGCUAGCGCGGGCCGCUGGGUUUGCCCGGCAGAUUGGGCCCAGCCCCUCGGAGACUUUCGCGCGCUUCUGCAAAUCGGGGGACUCUGUCCCCGGUGGCCUGGACCCAACUGUGGGAUCCGAACCUCUGCCUGGCGAAGUCCUGACCCGGCCUCUGGAAGUAAUGAGCCCGCCCAGGGCGGACCAGGUCCCAGCCACCGAGUCCCUCUCGCUGUCCUCCCCGCUUCAGGGUUCCAGCGCUCAGAUCCCGCUCCAGGGGUCGCUGGCCACGCCCACCGAGAGUCCUGCUGGGAACCUAGAGUCCGUCUCCACCCCAGAUCAAGUGCCCCAUCCCUAACUUCUAAAGUCAGGUCCUGGAAUUGGAACCCACCCCGACAAUUCUAAAACACUGCGGGGCUUCUUAGCUUUACUCAGUGUUCACUCAGCCCCAGAGAUGGAGCGAGAAUUUUCAAAUUCCAUUUCCAGGACUCUAAGUUCGAGUCCCAGAAUCCAACAUUUUUCUCUCAGAACUCGGAAUUCCAUCCCUGAGACUAAACCCAGCCUCGAUUGAACCUUGGGUCUCAGGCCUUCUGCCUUCACUGCCUCCGCCCCGGAAGCUCCAUUCCUAACUGGUGGUGGGGGUGUCUUCCCGCUGGGCCUGGUCAUUUCACAGGUGGUUCGAAUAAAGAGUGUU